GAGGGGCAGGGGAUUCAGCGCCGGAACCCACGCCGACCGCGCGCGCUUCGACCUUGCUUGCAACGCCGCGUUCCGGCGGCAGGUGCUCACCAGCCCACCGCCUGCGCAGCGGGGCUCCCAGGACUCGCUGUAUGCCCAGCUCCACCACUCCUACCAGCAGCUGCUGCGGCACGUGCCGGGCAGGUUCCCGAGCAACUUCCAGCGCCACGGCCGGCGGCGGCCCCGCCGCGAGCGAGGCGCCCCCGCCGCCCGGAGGCGGCCGGAAGCGGAGGAGCUGGAGGACGAGUCAGAGGCGUCGGCACAGGCAGCAGCGGAGUCCCAGAGCGAGGCGGAGGCGUGGGCGCCGGCGGCAGCGGAGGCUCAGACCCCGCGGUCCUCCGCGCCGGGGUCUGCCGGGGGUGCGUCCUCCGCGGCCCCGGGCGCGGGGCCGCCCGGCCGUGGCGCGGCUGGGCCCUUGCGCGUGCCCGCGGACCUCGGCGCGCCCGAGGACUGGCGCGGCAGGGUCGGGGACCUCCUCGACGCCAUCGCGGACCCCCACGCAAAGGCCGAGGUCGUGCUCGGCUCCGUCGAGCGCCUCGGGUGCCGCCUCAAGGAGGUCGAGGCGUCCUGCUACUUCAGCGAGCCGGGCCGUCAGCUGUGCGGCCACCUCCUGCGGGAGCUCUCCGCCGUGGUGCGGCGCUUCCCGCGGGAGCCCCCGCUGCACGCCGAGUGCCGGGACGUGCUCCUGGCCGUGUGCCGGUGGCGCGGGGACGUCUUCGGCCUGCAGGCCGUGGGCGUCUCGCAGGAGCGCGCGCGCCCCGUGCCCCUGUGCCCCCGCACGCAGCGGAGCGUCAAGGACGCGGUCGCCACGGCGGCGCGGGCGUCGUCGGAGGAGGCGAGCGAGGAGUUCACGCGGCUGCUCGUGCGCACGCAGCCGGCGGCCUUCGUGCUGGAGCACGCGGACGCGGAGGGCCCGGAGGUCCUGCUCGACGAGGCCAAGCACGGGCUCAGCUGGUGCUUCGAGAACAUGGAGGUCCCAGAGUUCUGGGAGUGCUCCCGCGCCUUCCUCGGGGAGGUCAUGCAGCACCAAGAGCGCGAGGAGUUCCUUGCCAUGCACAACUGGGUCCAGGGGGGUCACGCCGACAGCUGGGAUCACAUGCAAGAGAGGUUCGUCGUCAUCGGCCUCUUGUUCGGCACACGCACGCAGAUCAUCGAUCCGCUCCCGCGUCUCCAAGACGCACAGAUGAUCUCCGCAGCUUUGCGGGCCUUGACCCUCCUCGACAACAUCAGGCCGUUCGACAAACACACCAACACGGAGCUGGUGCGGAAGAUCCAGGAACUCGGCGGGAAGGACAACAGGGAGCUUUGGGUGG